CUCAACUUUGUCACCUAUAAAGUGAGGAUUAAAACAGCUAUUCUGUUUUGUCAGUGCAGCCUCAGUAUCUACUAUCUCAAACCCCUAUUUCGUCUGGCAGCCUGGAAACCUGCAAACCCCCAGAGGGUGGCUGCCUACUUCUUUCCUAAGGGUUCUAGGUGUAAAGCUGAGUGACUGGGGGUAUCUUUCUAAUGCUAUUGCUCAGGAGCUCCCAACUGAUUAUCAGUUGUUAUCAAUUAGCUAGCCACACUUAACCUUUAGAAAGAAGUAUCAUAGUAUACUAAGAAUACUGCAAAACAUCUCUUUCCAUCUCCCCAACUGGGAGUAUUGUACCCUCUUUCACAAGUAUAUAAAAAGUCCAGGGAAAAGUGGGCUUAGAUUGGAGAUCACAUGUGGCAAAGGGGUAACUUCCAGGAUCUGGUUUCGGCAAAUCCUUUUCUCCCUUUUGUAGGGUCCUCAUGAAGCUCCCUUUUGUAAACUGAGGCACACUCUCUCUAGUGAAUUUAGAUCUCUCUUUCCCCUAAAUGCCAAGGCUGAGAAUGCAAAUGUCAAUUUUUGAGAUUCAAAUCCCCCUUUUCCCUAAAGGGAAGAAAACCAAAGAAAGACAAUGUCUGUGAUAUUGAAGAUUGUUAUUAAGCAGGGAAAUAAGGCCACUGCAUAGGAGCAUUGAGCUUAAUGUUGAACAGCUCAACUAUGUAGUCAGUGAGAGUGAUAUAUAGAACUGGGGGGAAAGGCAGGAAUUAGGCUGGUCCCAGGAAGGAAAGAAGCAGAGGGUCCCAUUCCCAAGGGGGAGUUGGGGCAGAGUGAGGAAUUCCAGUUGUCAGGGCUGUGGACUUUUGAGACAUAAAUCAGAAGACAUUCUUGGUGCUAAGCAAUCCUGACAGUUCAAGGCUGGAGCAUAAAUAAGAAGAUAAGUAGAUGUCUCCAAAAAACAGAAACAGGAUGUGUCCCAGAGCCCCAUAAACAACAGGCAGGGGAAUCUCUGAAGAUGAGGAUGUAUCUUGAAGGCCCAUAAACACUAAAAUGGCUCAGGGUCUGCUUCAAGGCUGGUAUGAGCUUAACUGGCUUCAGAGUUGCUGAUUUUCUGCACAUCCAACUCCCUGGUGGUGACUCGAGGUCGCCACAAAGUAUUGCUGGUAGGCCAAGCCACUUUCUAUUUGUGUUAAUACAGUCAGUCCUCAUACAGGUCUUCUUGGUUACCCGGAUAAUUGGGGAGCUCAAGCAAGUCGAGGCAGUGAGCAUAUUCAUUUACAAACUCACUUGUACACUUCAGUAUGAUGAAGCUUUCUACUGCUCCCCUAGCAGAGCCCUGAAGCUGAAUAGCCCCAAUCCCUGCUGCAGGCAGGCUGGACUACCAGGCCCUGCUGGUCCAGGGAUGCUGGAGGAUGCCCAGGAGAAAUCCAAAUUUUUGGACCUGUGAAAGUUAGCAAUGUCAUUCUGGCCAAAGGGUGGGGAGAGGACUUGCUUUCUCCUCUCACCCCACCCCUACUUGUUCCAUCUUGUCCGACUUUAUAUGACCCCAUGGACUUUUGUCCAAGCUCUAGGGAGCCACAGCAGUUUGUGGAGGAAGGGCACCUUGAUCGCAGAGAUUUAGGAAAUUCCCUUUGGGUGUCUCGUGGAGUAGGGAUUGCUGAGGGGAGUCCAAGUCACGGGGAUCUGACAUAGGGCGGGGUCUCUGGGUGGGAGAGAAGAGGGAGAAUUCAGGAUGACUGGGGUCAGGAAGACAUGGAGGUUUUAUGACCCUCUAAGGCAGAAGUUCUAGGUUCAAAUCCUGCCUUUGAUUCUAACGACCUCUAGAACCUCGGAAGGUCGCUCAUCGCCUCAGUUUUCUAGUCAGCAAUUGGGCGGUUGAAAAGAGAUGACCUCGAUCUAUUCUGUCACGGAAGCUGGACUCGAGGCAGAGGAGAUGGCGGAAACGCAAAUUUGGGCUACAUUUCCUAAGACUCGGGGCCCAGACGUCCUUGAGUGGCUGCCCCUUAGAGGGUGGCGGGGCACGGGGAUGAUGUGGCUGCAAUGAAAUAACAGCCCCUUAGCCUCCACCUCCGGUGGAAGCAUUUUAUGUAUCUCAUACGAAGUUAGCUAAAAUCAGGUCGCGUCCCUCCCCCUUCUCCUUGCCCCGCCUUUUCCGCCCAGCGAACCAAUGGCGUCUCGUUCCGAGUGUGCUCCUCCUUCCCGCCGCGCCAGGAAGGGGCGGGGCGUGGGUGCGGAUGGACUGUGAUCUCCACCUCAGCAUGCGUGCGCACAGCGAGCCCGCCUUCUCUGUCUAGAGCCCGAGUGGAGGCGGAAGGGGGGUGGGGCAGGUCGCCUUCUUCUGGGCGUCCUGAGCUCCUCAGAAGCGCCGCCUCAGGUGCGGUGUUGGGUCGGAGGGGAACGCGCAGCCCCGGCCCCGGAGUAGAAACGAACCCGAGCAAACAUUCUGUUUUCAAGAUGGAAAUUCCAUCAGAUAAAACUUCAUCCUCACCUGCUACUCCCAAGGCCCGUGAGACUGUAAUACUUUCCCAGAGUAAUAGUUCAGGGAAACAGCUGAUGAGUGCCACACUUAGAGAACGGUUAAAGAAAACAAGAAGUUCAUUUAAUUCCUGUCAUGCCAUGGCAAAGCGUCUUAAAGUGGAUACUGAAAGUAACUCCACCACUUCAAAGGAAGCAACAUCUUCCACUGGUGGAAGCUGUUCUGCAUUUCCAGAAAACUUUAAAAACAUAGAAAAAACAUCUGAAGAAAGCCUAUCUUUGAAAGACUGCUUAAAGGAUGUUGAUGUAUAUAGAAGCAAGCCUCUUGUAAGUACUGUGCCAGAUAAUCUCCCCCAGAUGGUUUCAGAGGGAUAUAACGUUGGUAAACAAGAAUUGCUUGAAGAAAAGAUGAAAUUGUUGAAACAAGUUCAAGAGAAGGAGGAGCUUCUUCGAAGACUAAAAUUAACCAAAAUGUAUAGGUCAAAGAAUAAUCUUUCACAAUUGCAAUCAUUGAUAAAGAAGUGGCGAAAUAGUAGCCAGCUGUUGCUUUUGGAGCUGCAAUCAACAUUGUCUGUGGAGCACAAGAAACUAAGCCUUACUCAGUUGAUAGACAGCUAUGGAUUAGAAGACCAGUUACUACAUUACAACAGAAUUGAAGAAGAAUUUACAGAUUUUUAAUUCAGAUUAUUUUCAGAAAUCUGCCUUUUGAGAAGGAAGGAUAGCUCAACUCGAAGAUAUUUCUGAAUGUCAACAAAAAGAUACUCCUAAAGAAAGCAUAAAAAUUAUUAUGGUUUAAAUUGAUUGGAACAAGACGUUACUGUGAUGAAAUAAAAUUUAGACCAUGUAAGUUCUGUGGGGAGAAUUCGAGUCAAAGGAAAAAAUGAAAGUGAUAGUAUGCUUCUAAAACAAUCUGGAUUAUUUCUGUCAAUUGAUAUUAACAAAUUGUUUUAAAAAUUGUUAUUUUAAUAUUACAAAAAUGUCUAAAGCCACUUAGCUCCAAAUCCGUGUUUCUGUUAAUAGUACCGUUUUAUUCAUUAAACAUAUUUGGACUUUAA